AUGACCAAAGGACGGCCAACGUACCGCCGCCUCCGCAAGUAUGCUCGCCGCGGCGGGGCCUCCGGUGGUCAGGUCGCAAGUUCUCCUGCGUUGUCUUCGUUGCCACCGGAGCGCACGCUCUCUGAAGGCUUAUCUUCUACGCCUGUUAAAACAAUCGCAAAGCCCGCUACGACCUCAGGGAAGGUCAUCGCAAUCAAACAGUUCGAGUACAUCGGGUCAUUCAACUGGACCAAUUCCAGCAAGCCUACCAUCAUCGUUCCCGGAUCUCCUCCACUCUGGCGAGGCCGUUCCUUGCCGUACCGGGUGCCGCGAGACAGCGGUGUCCGGUACGUGGACCAGACCGGCUACCACAUGCCUUCCUAUCCGUUAUAUCCCCUAGUGCGCGCUGUGGACAUUAUUGCAGUUGACUUUGUCACCGAUCGCAAUGGUCUUCGAAAGCUGUUGCGCUGGAUCAACGAAGACGGCACCGCCAAGGAGUUCAGGAUCGACACUCAGUUGGCCGGCAGGCGUACGGUGCUCUUGAACCGCUGGGAGAAGAAGACGAGAGAGAUGCCAAGCAUGCAAUAUUCGACUUACGGGUUCAGUUUCGAACGCGAGAGCACGAACAAAGCGCCCGGUUGCGCGCAAGCUAGCGGCUACCAUCGCAUCGUCAAAUAUGAUUUUGAUGGUCUGACCAUGGUCGUCCGGUUUGAAGUGGAUGCUUGCAUUCCUACUGCGACGUCAGAGUCGGCCCCGCGGAGCCAGACCGCCUCCACCGAUGUGGACAGCCUGUCCAGCAUGUUGUCCGGAUUGGCGGUUGCGUCUGGUGCAAGCAACGGCCCGGACAUCGACAAGGACAUCUCUACCGCCGAGCUCGACGUCAUGCGGGCCGGUACACUCGUCCCGCAAAGCUCGCUCAUCGAGAUGACGACGCGUUCGCGUAACAAUGCCAUGAAUUACGACUGGAUCGAGGCGUACCCUCAGCUAUUCCUUUCGCAGACGCCGAACCAUUACCUCGCGGUGCACAGCCGCGGCAAUUUCGAGGAAAUUACGAAGCGUGCUUUGGAGGACGCGGAGAUGCAGAGGAUAGAAGCGCGGCUGCAGGGCAGCUUCAGGAAGCUGAGAGCUGCUCUGCAGACCAUCCAGGAUCUCGUCGUCGAGCACGGAGAACGGGGAAGGCUGAGCUUGGUGUUCCGGGACGGCGCUCUCCAGGCCUUCGAGAGGAAGUCCUCGGAGAGCUGCCUUCCCGAGAACACGCUCAGGCGAUUCGAAGGUCUUUGAUUUGAAAGCGUGUAAGUCCCCAGAAAGGGUUGCGCCGUCGUGUUGUUCUCGGUUGCCACUCAUUGUACAACUACGUACCAUCAGAGAGAAGCUGUCGUUCUGUUAUUGAUUCUCCGCGCCGAACAUGUACAUGUAUAAUAACAAUAUCAAGCGGGAAUUCGUCGCGUGUCUGGUUUC